GUUAAGGGCCAAGAAAAAACAAAAGUUUUUUGUGUUUCUAUAGUUAAUCAAAUAGAAUAAGAAAUUGCUAGGCGCAAUGAACGAUUUUCUAUGGUCUCUAACAUUAUGCCUUCUAUUCCUAAUCUACUCGUUACCAUUGUUCGUUCGUGUAUAUGGCACCACACAAAUGGUUAUCGAUGAGGAAUUUCAUUUGAAGCAAGGCUUACAUUUCUGUAACAAGCGUUUUGAUGUCUGGGAUAAUAAAAUCACAACAUUCCCUGGAUUAUACUUGUUUUCGUUGAUUUUAUAUCCAUUCAAUUUUUGCUCUGUGCUCGGAUUACGUUUAAUCUCUUUGGUGGCUGCCGCGGUGAAUGUUAUCCUAUUUUAUAUGAUUAGAAGGUCGCAACUGGAGAAAUUUAGAAUAGGCAAUAACACAAUGGCUGCCUUAGAGGCUUUUACCAUCGCUGCAUUGCCACCGUUAUAUUUUUUCAGUCAUUUAUACUAUACCGAUACACUGUCGUUAACCAUGGUCUUGGUAUUUUAUCUGUACUGGCAAAAAGAGAACCAUUUGCAAGCUGCUGUUUUUGCGGCUGCUAGUGUUCUACUGAGGCAAACUAAUGUGAUAUGGGUGGGAAUGGCCUGUGCUUGUACAGCUUUGGAUAUUAUUGUCAGUGAUUAUGCUUGCUUUAAAAAAAUACCAAGACGUUCUGUUAACAUUUUACAGGCAAAACUAUGGUUGGAGCUAUUUAAGAAUUUUAAAUUAUUCUUCAAAUGCGUUUGGGAUGUAUUAAAGCAGUGCUCUUUUUAUAUAAUAAUUAUUUUACCAUUUGUGGGUUUCGUGUUUUUGAAUAAAUCCAUUGUCUUGGGCGAUAAAAGGGCUCAUGUUGCUGCUUUGCAUAUACCACAACUUUUCUAUUUUGCUACAUUUACCUGCAUCUUCGCCAUAACGAAUACUUCACAAAGAAUAGAAAUAGCUUUACGUACCAUUUUACAUCGCAAGCUUACCUUUGUUUGCCUUUUGAUCAUUUCACUUAUUAUUAUCAAAUAUAACACUUUGGUCCAUCCGUAUUUAUUAGCUGACAAUCGUCAUUACACAUUCUAUAUAUGGCAACGUUUUUAUGGCCGUUACAUUUGGUUCAAAUAUGCGAUGUGUCCAAUCUAUGUGAUAUGUUUAACUAUCAUUUACCAAAGUAUAGAGCAUUUAAAUAGAAAUUUCACAAUAAUGUUUUACGUUGCUGUAUUUUUGUCGUUGUGCUUCCAACGUCUGCUGGAAGUACGUUAUUUCCUUAUACCGUUUGUAUUGUUUCGUUUGCAUAUCAAACCAAAUAUUAGAAGUCGUAUACCUCAGUGGUUAGAACUGAGUAUAUAUGUGGCAAUAAAUGCUUUAACAUUUUACAUAUUUUUCACUAAAGAAAUCAGAUGGAAAGAUUAUAAAGAACCGCAAAGAAUUAUAUGGUAAGAUUCAAGAUUUGUUCCGCGCAUCUAUGAAAUUGAAAUGUAUACUUACUAUUUGUUCAGAUGUAUUCAUAUACAAUUAAUGAUUUUAUACGAAAAUGAGAUAAAUAAAAGUGAAAUCUGUCUCGAGAUUUCUUAC